CUCGCACUCCGGCUCGGCCGCCCCACCGCGCGCUCGCCUCGCCGCUCCCGCCGCAGCCCCAGGGCCCCUCGCCGCCGCCACCAUGGACGCCAUCAAGAAGAAGAUGCAGAUGCUCAAGCUCGACAAGGAGAACGCCUUGGAUCGAGCCGAGCAGGCGGAAGCCGAUAAGAAGGCGGCGGAGGACAGAAGCAAGCAGCUCGAGGAGGACAUCGCGGCGAAGGAGAAGCUGCUGCGGGCGUCGGAGGACGAGCGGGACCGGGUGCUGGAGGAGCUGCACAAGGCGGAGGACAGCCUCCUGGCCGCGGAUGAGGCCGCCGCCAAGCUGGAAGAUGAGCUGGUGUCGCUGCAAAAGAAACUCAAGGGCACUGAAGAUGAACUGGACAAAUACUCCGAGGCUCUCAAAGAUGCCCAGGAGAAGUUGGAGCUGGCGGAGAAAAAGGCCACGGACGUAAGUGCACUCACACACCACCUCCCUCACCUCCUGCCCGGUGGCCACUCUGCCGUCACCACAGUGGCCAAGGAGCAAUGGAGGAGGGUCACCUCCUCCUGCUGGACACCCGCACACAGCCCUGACAUGGCCCAGAGCACUGGAUGCUGCCUCAGACUUCUAUUGCACACAUUCAUUUAUAUUUCAUCCACUCCUCUUUUUCUCCUUCUUUCCCCCACUCCUGGGGGUGGAGGUGGGCGGGUGAAAAGCUGGGAGUGGAGUCCCUCUGGGGACACAUUCAGGCCCCAAACCCCUCGCUCAGCUUCUCUCCUCCGGCUUGGGAAUCCAGAACUCCCGAGUGCGAUGAUCCCGCCGCCAGUAGGCGGCACCGUCGCCCUUAACAGCCAGGAGUGCGGCCGCAGCGCAGCAGCCGGCCUCUCCCACCGCAGCCCGCCGCCGCCGCCGCCCCGAGCGAUGGCCGGGAGCAGCUCGCUGGAGGCGGUGCGGAGGAAAAUCCGGAGCCUGCAGGAGCAGGCGGACGCCGCGGAGGAGCGCGCGGGCAGCCUGCAGCGCGAGCUUGACUACGAGAGGAAGCUGAGGGAGACCAGAAGCGUGUGGCUUUUUCUGUCUUCAGCUCUGGAAACUCUUGCUUCAUGGGCUGGAAAGUCAAAACAGCUCUGUGCUCUAUUGGGGUCUGCCAGUUAUACCAAGCCUCACAAACCAGUGCCGUGUGGGUUUAUGCUGAUCUCUAAACCUUGGGUCUUCCUGCCUGUCUUCCUUUUCAGAGGCAUGAAAGUCAUUGAAAGUCGAGCCCAAAAGGAUGAGGAAAAAAUGGAAAUUCAGGAGAUCCAACUGAAAGAGGCCAAGCACAUUGCUGAAGAUGCCGACCGCAAGUAUGAAGAGGUGGCCCGUAAGCUGGUCAUCAUCGAGAGUGACCUGGAACGCGCGGAGGAGCGGGCUGAGCUCUCGGAAAGCCAAGUUCGACAGCUGGAAGAACAAUUAAGAAUAAUGGAUCAGACCUUGAAAGCAUUAAUGGCUGCAGAGGAUAAGUACUCGCAGAAGGAAGACAAAUAUGAGGAAGAGAUCAAGGUCCUAUCUGACAAGCUGAAGGAGGCCGAGACUCGGGCUGAAUUUGCGGAGAGGUCAGUAACUAAGUUGGAGAAAAGCAUUGAUGACUUAGAAGAGAAAGUGGCUCAUGCCAAAGAAGAAAACCUUAGUAUGCAUCAGAUGCUGGAUCAGACUUUACUGGAGUUAAACAACAUGUGAAAACCUCCUUAGCUGCGACCACAUUCUUUCAUGUUGUUUUGUUGUUUUAUUUUGUUUUGUUUUGUUUGGAAACACCAUGCUUACCAUGAAACCCCUUAAACGCAUUUUUAUUUACUUUUACACUGUCACAGAAAACAGCCACGAAAUACCAGCUAGGUCAGGGGAUGGGGAACACACACACACACACACGCGCGCGCGCGAGCCCGUGGCAGGGCCGUAAUGACUUAAAUGUGCCAUUUCCCAGGUUGCCAUUGCCACAUUUCAUAGAGAGUUUUGCAACCCAGUGUACUCAGCCAGUCCAGGAAUCCUCACUAAAGCAGAAAGAUUUCCACUCAAAGUGCCAACGAUGUACUCGAUAGGCAGAUUAAUGUUGAAAACACAAUCAGGUGUGGAUUGGUGCUACUUUAAACAAAAAGUCCCACUGUGGUCUUUCGUUCAAUAUUGUACAAUUUAGAAUUCUGUCCAACACUAAUUUAUUUUGUCUUGAGUUUUACUACGAGAUGAGACUGUGGGUCCUGUAUGCCUGAAUUCACUAAAGCCAAGGGUUUGUAAGGCACGCUGCUCUUGUAAGACUUCUAUCUCCUUCUCGUUGGCACACUUGUGGCUCGUUACAACUUGUAGGGUAGCAUUCGGUGUGGAUUUCCACUCUCCAUUUCUCCAUGUUAAAGAUUUAGGCACUACGUACAAUUGGUAAAGAAAAAACAUUUUCUUAAGAGUUAUAACUAUAUGUAAACAUUGUAUAAUGGUAUGGAAUAAAAUGCACAUUGUAGGACAUUUUCUAAA